CAAACAAAAAAUGAAUAUGCUUUUUCCCUGACUGGUCCCGGAACAACUAAAAGGGGCUCUACCUCCUCAGUUAGCGGCCAUAUCUGACAGGAUUGUUCUUUCCUAAAACCAAAACUGAUAAAGGCUUAAAGGAGUGCUACUGAACAAUGACAGUCAAUGAAACAUAAUUACAGAUGGCUUUUUUCUCUGAGCGAGGAGGACAACUCAAUAUUUUGUGAGGAAUUUUUGAUUUUCAGCCAAAGUGGUUAGUUGGAGCUCACAUGGAAAGCAGUUCAGAUAUCUGAGGGGUUUUUUUAAAGUUUUUUUUUUUAAGUUUUUUUAUUUUUUUAUUCUGAGGGCCAUUCUAUUUACAAAAAGUGAGGAUUUCUUGCUGAUAAAAUUAAUCAAGCUCUUCUUGUUAUAUGGUAUCUCUUUGCUGCCUGAAACUGAAGUUUCCAGGACAUUGUGCAUGGUCUCUUUUCUGGAAUAAGACUGUUCAGGAUGUUCUCCAUUGUGUCUCACUGAUUCUCAAACACCAACAACACCAACUCAUAUGGGACGAAGUGCAUUCAUAGUCUGACAAGUAACACACACUCAAACAGCAGGAGAAAGAUACAGCGAGUCAAUGUGGAGUCCAUUAGAUUUCACUGGCUGAUCUCCCUCAGAGCUGAAACAGCACCUACUCAGCUUUGGUGCCAAGCAUAAAAGCUCUCUCUCUGUUAUCUCUGUCUAUCCUGAUCAUGCUGGCUAGCUUAUCCUGAUCCUGCUAUUGACAGACCUGAUGUCCAAGCCAAACUUUCAAGGAGUGAAAGAAAACAGUAGAAUCCUCAUUGGUGGGAGUCCAUUUCUUCCUUAAAGAACCAUUCCAUUGAGAUAUAAAAGGAGAGUGGAGGUGAGAACAGCUUGCAGGAGAGUUGCAUGAUGGCUCCUGAAGGUAUACAAGACUUGCUCUUUUUAUUGCUGCUGUGCAUCACACUAUUGGCUGAGCUAUUGGAGAUGGCUGCAGCUUCUACGCAAGGGUUGGAUGGUGAAGGUGACAUAUUGUGUCCCUCUGUAUGUCGCUGUGAUGAGGACUUUAUUUACUGCAAUGACCGUGGACUGAGUGCAAUCCCACCACUUCCACCAUCUGCAUCUGUCCUUUAUCUUCAGAACAAUCAAAUUGAUAAUGCAGGGCUUCCAAUGUCCUUGGAGCAUCACACUUUGGUCCGUGUUAUAUAUCUCUAUGAUAACGAGCUGGAUGACUUUCCAAUGCAUUUACCACCUUCAUUACGUGAGCUUCACCUCCAGGACAACAACAUUAGAGUGUUACCACGAGCUGCACUUGCUAGACUUCCGCUUCUUGAAAAGUUGCAUCUAGACGACAACUCUGUUUCUACAGUCAGUAUUGAGGACCAGGCCUUCGUGGACAACCCUCGACUACGUCUGCUCUUCCUUUCCAGAAACCACCUUUCCAGCAUCCCAUCUGGUCUUCCUGCCUCACUUGAGGAGCUCUGUUUAGAUGACAACCGAAUCUCCACAAUUCCCACUCAUGCCUUCCGUGGUUUGUCCUCUUUACGCCGCCUGGUCUUGGAUGGUAAUCUUUUAGCUAAUCAACGCAUAGCUGAUGAUACAUUCUCACGCUUGUCAAAUUUAACAGAGCUCUCCCUGGUCCGCAAUUCUCUUCAAACACCCCCUCUUAACCUGCCCAGUGUCCACCUGCAGAGACUCUCCCUUCAGGACAAUGCACUAAUACACAUGCCUCGAGGUUCACUUGAUGGUAUGCGGCGGCUACAGCGCCUAGAUUUGUCUGGAAACAACCUGACCACACUUCCCAGAGGCUUGUUUAGGGAUUUGGAGAGCUUGGGCCAGCUACUUGUGCGAGGCAACCCUUGGCAUUGCGGGUGCAACUUGCGCUGGCUCCAUGACUGGCUGGAGGCAAAGGGGAACACAAUUACUUUGAGAGGCUUUAUCUGCCAGACACCAGAGCGAGUCCGAGACAUGGCACUUAGAGACCUCACAAAUCAGAUGGAUGAAUGUGAGUUGGCUGCUGUUGGCGGUGGAGGAGUAGGUGCAGGGGUUGGUGGUAACAAAGUGAGUGGAGGAGGGAUGGGAGCCAUUUCUACUCUCUCUCCCCCUCAAGGGUCCCUGUUCACUCUCAGAUCCAAGCGACCAGGCCUGGGUCUCCCAGAAACAGGGUUGGACUACACUUUAAGCAGCAGUGGUGUGGGCAAGAACCUGGCCCUGAAUGUGAAACCUUUAUCCAGUGACAGCAUUCGGGUUACUUGGAGCGUUGCACAAACCUCUUCCUCCUUUCGAUUAAGCUGGCUUCGUCUAGGAACCAGCUCUGCCAUGGGGUCCAUCACAGAGACCUUGGUUAGGGGUGAUCGGCGCGAGUAUCUUCUCACCUCCCUGAAGCCUGCUUCCAGCUACAUCAUCUGCAUGGUUCCUCUAGUGUCUAACGAUGGAAGCAGAAGUAGUUUGCCUGAGGGUGACACAGAACCGAAUGAGGUACCAGUUUGUGCCAGAACUGAAACGUCCAAUCCCAACCAGCCUGAUGAUGAAAGUGAGGACCAGAGCUCUGAUAAAAUGACCUCUCUUCCACUUGUUGGAAUUAUCGGAGGUGCUACAGCAUUAGUUUCCCUUGCUCUUAUCAUUGCCAUUUUCUGCUGGUACGGGCACCGUACAGGACGGCCCACCUCAAGAGAUCACUACAGCCACAGUAGUUCUCGUAAGAGCAAACACUAUGAUGACUACAUUGAGUCAGGCACCAAGAAAGACAAUACUAUCUUAGAGAUCAGAGGUCCUGGAUUUCAGAUGACGCCAAUGGCAGCAAGGCAGCCCCUUCAGCCCAAACCAGUACGAGAGGAUUACAUUAUACACACUAUCUUCCCCUCCAAUGGCACAGGUCUAUACAAGCCACCCAAUAACAUGACCAAUUCUGGUUAUGAUACCAACCGUGGCUAUAGAGAAAGAGGCAUUCCAGAUAUAGAUUACUCCUACACAUGAUAUCCUUGAUUUAGCAAGUAUAAUUAGGAGUCAUGUACUGCAUAGAUCUUCAUGGGUUCUGCAGAAUCUCUUUGUGCCUUCUGGUCUCCAUUACAAUGUAGCCUGCUGUUCAUGACACUAUAAAACUUUUAAUUGGCCAAGAUGCUUAUAGGAAACAGCAUUAUGAGUGCGGUGCCAGGAGGCAAUGAUGCCAUUUCAGGUGGUGAUACCAAAUGCUAUUUUCACCUCCUGGUGUAAUGAUCAAUGUCCCUGACAUUGCUGUUUUAUCUCUGGCUGGCGCACUGAGGUGGAUUCAAGGGCAAAACACACUGCAUUCAGCUCACUAACUCUUUCUCAUAGAGCUCAUUACUUAAUUUAGGAGAAAGGCAAUUUUUGCGUAGAAAAAAAAAACUGCUGUACAUUUCAAUAUUUGUCUUCUCUGGUUGAAGAGCCCUAAGUCAAGGAUUUAAUCAGUGAUUGUUCAUUGGCUAUGAAUGGUUUUGAGUCCAGCAUUAGGCCAGAUAACCUCUCUGCUUUGAGGAAACUGGAAUUAAUUUGACAAGUGAAGCUUCAGGACAAUGCAUGUGUUCACACGGUUCUUUUUUGGAGACUUGAGCUGCACAAGACAUGAUGACUGCUCAUUACUACUAAUGGAUUUGUGGAGUGUGGACCAAGCAGAGACAUGCCCCCUUAAAAGCUACAGUUUUAAAUGCCUCAAAAACAAACUUAAUUAAAAUCUUAUACACCUGAAAGCUGCCUGAUUCUUCUUUGAAGACGUCCAACAAGCAUUCUGCUGAUUGAUCUUCUUUCAGACUGGUAUAAAGUGGAAAGAUGUAUGAAAUGGGUUUAUCUGUCUUAAUGAACACUUUCAAAAUUUAACAUUUCAACUGAAGCCUGGAGUGUUGAUAGAUUCAAACACACACUGAAUAUCGGUCACAACUCUCUUUCCUGUUGUUUGAUUAUCAUUAUAUUCUUUUAUUAUUAUUAUUAUUAUUAUUAUUAUUAUUAUUAUG